CCUUUAUCUCGUACCAAUAUCGCAGCUUGUAGGAAAGCUCAUACGCGCUCUCUCCGCUGUUGGCCCCUGAUAUCUCAGCUAGAUAUCACUCUAAAAGCAACGACCUCCCUAUCACUCGACGUCAGAAUCGCUCCAAACGGAUCAUGCAUCAAAACGAAAUAGCUUCUGUCGUGGUAUUCGCUGGACAGGGUACUCCGUCCUUGGACUCUGUACACACUCAGACACUCGCUUUGCACGAUGCGUCUUCUCCAUCUGGUUCCAUGCUUAUGUCGGAAUGCCACCGCGCAUUGUUUUCAGAGCUCGCUGCCCUCUCUCCUGCUCAACUAGACGGCCUCGAUAUUACGUGUUCCGACUUCCCCACGUCGGAAUCACUUCUCUGGAAUCUUUCGCCACCGAAACACAGGACCAUCAUGUCCGGAAUACGCAUCUUUCUAGUGCAAUCUCUUCGCUAUCUCGCUUUCAUGGAAACUCAAACACUCUCAAACAAUCCCUACGCACCUGCACGACAUAGCUUGCCUUCUUUCAACUUCUGCGGCUUCUCCUCUGGAAUACUUCCAGCUUGCGUGUCCGCGUCUUCAAUCUCCACACUGGAUUACAUUUCUAAAUCUGUGGAAGCCUUUCGGGUCGCCUUCUGGAUAGGCGUGCAUACGGAGCUAUAUCGACGUGCAUCAACCCAGGACAUCGACCCGUUGGAUGAAGACCCAGAAAAUGACUCGUGGAGCUACGUCUUUCUCGGCAUGAAUCGCGAAAUUGCCCUGGGUGUGUUGAAGCGGUUCGAAGAGGAACAGACCCAGCCUGCUCCUCUGUAUCUCACUGCCGUGAUGGAUCAUCACAGCGUCACCAUUUCAGGCCGACCUGACGUUUUGGAAUCAUUUGCGCUCUCUGUAUCCGCCAACUAUCCUGCCUACAAAUCUACCGUUUCCACGCUCUUUCAUUGCGCAGAACAUCUCGGAGCUGCUCGUGACGACAUUCUUGCCGAUAUCUCUCGUAGGAAUAUCUCCUUCCCCGCCUUCUCUGACUUGGUGUGUCCGGUACAUUCCAGCCUUACGGGUGAAGCUCUACGAAGCAUCGAUGGCGAGACACUAUUAGAGGCCAUGGUAGACGCUAUAAUGCUUCAUCCGGUCAACUGGGACUACGUUCUACUCUCCGCUGCUGCCUAUGCUUCAAGCCAACCCGUUCGAGUGGUCAAUAUCGGUCCAGGCUCUGGUCUUCUACGAACUUUCGAACGAUAUCUGGCAGCUUCUUCGAUCGCUUUCGAAUCUCUGGAUCUGACUAUGACCCGCAUCGUUCCUGGUACGACUUCAAAUAUCACGGGUACAUCCAAGUUGCAAAAGGAACAUAUCGCGAUCGUUGGAAUGGCCAUCAAUAUGCCUGGUGCGCCGGAUGUAUCUUCGCUUUGGCGGCUUCUGGAGGAAGGUUUGAAUACGAUCUCGGAGAUUCCACAGCAUCGCUUCCAGAUCUCCGACUAUCAAGACCCGACAGCCUCCUCGGGCGCGACCUCGAGCUCGACGCCUCGUACAAUGAAGGCCCGUAUGGGUAACUUCAUCGAUGGUCCCGAUGUAUUCGACAACAAGUUCUUCAGGAUCUCACCUCGUGAGGCCCGUUCUCUCGACCCUCAACAGCGUAUUCUUCUGCACACGACGUAUGAGGCGCUCGAGGACGCGGGUUACGUGCCCGAUGCGACGGAUACGUGGAAAAGAGAGACCUUUGGGUGUUAUGUUGGUGCCGCUACCGGAGAUUAUACCCAGAAUUUGAAGAAUGAUGUGGAUGUAUAUUAUGCUACGGGGACGUUGAGAGCGUUCUUAAGCGGACGGAUAUCGUAUGCUAUGGGCUUCGGAGGGCCGUCAAUCGUCGUGGAUACAGCUUGCUCGUCGUCACUUAUUUCCAUGUACCAGGCAUGCCGCGCCCUUGCAAGUGGAGACUGUAACGCCGCUGUAGCAGGCGGCAUCAACAUUAUCACAGGCCCAGACGUACGUGCUAUCCCUCUAUUCAUUCGAGUAUUUCUUGACGUCCGUGGUCCGUUUCGCCCCAAUAUCAUCAAUAUCUUCUUCAUCCACGCCGUCCCGUGUACAACCCAACAGAUGUUCCUCGGCCUCGACCGCGCGCACUUUCUCUCCCCUACCGGCCAAUGUAAACCCUUCGACGCCUCUGCAGAUGGGUAUGCCCGCUCUGAAGGCUGCGGAAUGUUUGUUCUCAAACGCCUCUCCGACGCGCUUUCGGAGAACGACAACGUACUAGGCGUCAUUCGCGGCGUCGACAUCAAUCAAAGCGGACUCGCAGAUUCGAUCACUCACCCUCACGCAGCCACUCAAACCACGCUACUCAAACGCCUAUUGCACCGUUCCGAAAUCGAGCCUGAGAGGGUCAACGUCGUGGAGGCUCACGGGACGGGCACGCAGGCCGGCGAUCCGACUGAGCUCGAGAGUAUACGAAACGUCUUCGCCUCACCGCAUCGAUCUACGAAUAAUCCGCUCCACAUAACCUCCAUCAAGGCGAACAUAGGGCAUCUGGAAGCCGCAUCUGGAGCCGCCAGUCUCGCGAAGCUGUUGCUCAUGUUCAAACAUAGGACCAUCCCUCGUCAGGCCUUUUUCCGAGAACUCAACCCUAGGAUCCUGCCCCUUGGGAUCGACGGUUCGGUCAUUCCGACGAGAAAUAUGGAGUGGAAACAGCCGGGAGGCGGGCUACCAAGGGCUGGCGUGGUAAACAACUUUGGAGCAGCAGGCUCCAAUGCGGCCAUGGUCGUGGAGGAACAUAUAUAUCCUCUUCCUUCCCCCGACACCCGGAAUAUGACAUAUGUCUUUGGGCUAUCUGCGAAGACGGAAGAAGCUCUUGAAAGACUCCGCGAGCGUUACAUUGAGUGGUUGCAGACGGCGGACGGAGAAGAGGCGCGGUUGGCCGAUAUCACGUAUACGGCUACGGCACGACGACAGCUCUACGAUCAUCGGAUAUCGUUCUCUGUUACUGACAAGGAAGACCUUUGGCGCAAGCUCAUCGAUUCGCGUCGGACCCGACCCUCGAUCACGGCCAAAAUUACCCCCGCCCCUCCCAAAAUCGCUUUCGUUUUCUCAGGACAAGGAUCACAGUACCUCGGUAUGGGUGCGAGUCUUUACCAUUCUGUUCCGCUAUUCCGCAAGUGCGUCGACGAAUGUCAUUCGAUUCUGAGAAAAAUGGGAUUCCCCGGAGUUUUGGCCAUUAUUCUGGGGGAAGGGGAGAAGAGUGGGUUGGACCGGGAAGAGGAAGUGCAGGCGCACCAAACUGCUGUGUUUGCCGUCGAAUGGGCUUUAGCCCAGGUUUGGAUGACCUGGGGUGUUAGGCCGGUAGUCGUUGUGGGUCAUAGUCUAGGAGAAUAUGCAGCUCAAGUCAUCGCUGGCGUUCUGACGCUGAAGGGCGCUUUGCUGCUCAUAGCAAAUCGAGCGUUAUGGAUGGUCCAGAGAUGCACACUCAACGCUACCGGAAUGCUUGCUGUCAAUAUAAGCUCUGAUUCUGUCUCCGAUAUCAUUACCAGCCACGAUCUCCGCCACGAUUUCAGCGAGUGCCACAUCUCAUGCUUCAAUAGUCCGACGGACUGCGUCAUCUCAGGCCCGAUCUCCCAACUCAUCGUCCUGCGCUUACACCUCAAUGAACUGAACGUCAAGAACCUCAUCCUGUCCGUGCCGUACGGAUAUCAUAGCCCGACGAUGCUUCCAGUGCUAGACGACCUCACUUCCCUCGCUAGACGUAUAUCAAUCCGAGCCCCGACGAUUCCUAUCGUGUCGAAUGUUUAUGGCGAAAUCGUUAUGCCUGGCGACACGGACGUUUUCAAUGCUGAAUACUAUGCGAUGCACUGCGCCGAACCCGUUCACUUUGAGCGUGGACUGCGUUCGCUCGGCACUUUCAUGGGGAACGGUGUCGCAGGAGAUGGUUUGGGGAUGUGGGUGGAGAUAGGCCCGAGCACGACAACAUUACCAAUGCUGAAUGCCAAUUCCGGGACGAGUUCCACCGUGGCCUGUGACGACUUCGACAUUCAUAAAAGCAGGACCGUGUUCCUGGGUUCGAUGCGCAAGGGCAUCGAGCCUUGGACUACAUUGGGCUCAACUUUGGCACAGAUGUAUAUGGCGAGGGUGGAUGUGAAGUGGAGAGAGGUUUUCGAGUGCCGAUACCAAGAAGCACCGAGAUGCAUAUCGAUGCCAACGUAUCCGUUUGCGAAGACGAAGUUCUGGGUCUCGUACAAAGAAGAUACCACCACCUCUCGAUAUCGCCACACUAAGCGCGUCGCCACCGCCACCGCCACACCAACAGACCUGUCAAGAUUUGCGAUGCUUGGAUCCUGGACUCAACACCCAUCUCCAUCAAAUGAAAAUAUCUCUAUAUUCGAGACGCCGAUAGAGAUGGUGAGGAGGUACAUUGAGGGACAUAAAGUCGGCGAGGCCGCAUUGUGUCCUGCGUCGGUGUACUUGGAGUUAGUGUUGGAGGCCGUCGCAUGCACCCGGGCUGCCAUCGAAGUUGGUGGUCAAGAUGACGAAGACGCGGGUGGUAACGUAACGUUGCUAACGGAUGUCGAGUAUACCAACCCGUUGGUAUAUAUGGAAGGUGUGGAGAGGGUCAUUCGGUCUGAAGUCACGAUACCUGGUCCGGAUGGAAUGGGAUCCUUCAGUGUCACGUCCCAUCUCAUCGAAUCUUCAUUGUCUUCACAGAGGCCGCAGCACUCGGAAAAAACCACCCAUUGCACAGGCGUCUUCAAUUUCUCGCCUUCCAUCGAGUCAUCUACCACCACAACUAAUUCCUCCGACAUAAAAUUCGAUAUUUCCGAUCGUAUCUCAAGUCUCACGUCGUUAGAUGAGGCAUACUCGGUGGAGAUCUUUUCGACGCGGACAAUAUACGAGGUAGUCUUUCCGCGAGUUGUGAUGUACUCUGAGGAGUUCAGAGCUAUCAAGAGAUUGAUUGUCGGGGAGGGUGGUAUGGAAGGUUAUGCCAUCGUUCAGGUACCGACAUUGCGAGGUUCAGGGCCCGAGCAGAACUUUGGGGAAGGAAAGAUAGGAUUCGUACUGCAUCCUAUCUUCUUAGACACAAUGCUUCAUGCCGCAGGCUUCCUCGCUAACCUCCUUGCAGAACCAUCCGAAGCCUUCAUCUGCUCCAAACUCGGCUUCAUGGAUGCUCCUCCAAAUUUCACAAGCGGAAACGACGCCUACGGCAUUUAUAUGACCUUACUUCGCGGCACCACUAGUAUUACGGCGCACGUAGUAGUGAUCGAAGUCACCAAUGAGAAAGGGAAAGAGGGUGGGUGUAACAAGGUGGUAGCGAGAAUGGAAGGAAUAGAGUUCAGAAAGAUCAGAAUCACUAGUUUGAGGCGGAGCCUUGUUGCUUUCGCCGGUCGCAGCGGUCCUGACCAUGCCGGCCCCGCUCGUCUUCCUACGGUCGCAUCUGCGAUAUCGACAACAGCCCAUUCUCGUAUCUUGACACUCCAAUCACCAACACAUUCCGACUACCGACGAUCAUUGGUUCAACCUCCAUAUAUUUCUCGUUCUUCCUCUCACUUGUCUACGGCUUCCACCGCCUUCACCCUCUCCAAUCCCGAGCCCGCUCUAGAUACUCGCGCAGAAAUCAUUCAAGUUAUCUCUCAAACUUGUGAUAUCUCCCUGGCCGACCUAGACCUUGAUCUCGACGUUGAGAUUAGCAACUACGGUAUCGACUCUCUCAUGUCUAUCGAGAUAUUGGGUGCUCUCCGAGAACGUUUCCCCUCCGUUCAGCGACUCCCAUCAUCGAGGUCAACAUCUAUCAUGGCGGAAUGCAGGACUAUCGAAGAGAUUAUAGCGGCAGUGGAGAAAUUUCAAUAUCCCGACGUAUCCACAACGUCUUUCCUCCCUCAUCUUCCUGGCGACGAUUCUUUCUCGACUAUCCCGACGCUCGUCAACGACGAUGACUCCUCCGCCAUGGCCACCCACACCUAUUACCCCAGAUCGAGCCUGGAUCCUUCUAUUCUUGCUCUCGAAACCAAGGACGACAUAUCCGCUCAGGUCAAGUCCAUACUAAGUUCAGUUCUCGAAGUUCCGGUUUACGAGAUCGGCGACGACGUUGUUCUGGAUGCGCUGGGCCUGGAUUCUUUGACGAGUAUAGAGGUGCAGAGUGUAUUGUGGGAUGCAUUGGGGGUUCAUAAGGAGAAUAGGACAGGGAUGGAGACGACAGGCUGCGCGUUGUUCGAGCGCUGCGAGACGGUACGAGAGUUGGUGAUGCUUGUGGACAGCCAAAUUCAGAAGGGGGUACGAGUGCGCGCCCAAGACAAGGAGAGAAAGCCAAACUUCUACCCCCUCCAGGAGGAAGGUAACGAAAGUGCGGCGGCGGGAACCGAGGACACACAAGUCGCCCUGGGUCGACUACUCCAGCUCGACGAGAAUCCUUUGCUUAUACAGUCUUCCUGCCCCCUUCCGUUACACUCAGGCACGGCUUCUUCCCCACCAUCUGACUUUUCAACUUCAGUCGCAUCUCGUUGCGGUCACAUACCUAUCCCUAUCGUCUUCAUCCAUGAUGGCUCCGGGCUCUUGUCUUAUCUCCGACGCCUACCAUCGAUCGGUAGGGACCUAUGGGGAAUCCAAAACCCCAAGUUCCUCCGCGUAGACUGCGGUAGCAAUUGCCAUAACGAACGGGCGUCAGACGGAGUUGAAGAGGAGAACUGGGAUAGCGUGGAAGAGAUGGCGAAGGAGUACACACAGUACGUCCUGGAGGCAAGUCAGAGGAGUCAGAGCCAGAACGGAAGAUGUGCGGUCGACGAAGGUGUCAUUUUAGCUGGCUGGUCCUUCGGUGGCGUGGUCGCAUUCGAAAUUGCGCGGCAGCUCCUUCGAUACAAUAAUUCAGAGAUGAGGUCGCCAGUCCGGGGUGUCAUACUCGUUGAUUCGCCGUGUCCCGUCCAGCACGUCCCCAUGUCCUUGACGGUAAUCGACGCCGUGCUCACAUCACAAACAUCGGAGCCACACUCCUGCUCUUCACCCAUAUCUGGCCGGCGAAAAGGUAUCCAAAUGUGUGUAAAGAGCCAGUUUACCGAAAAUGCGAAGCUCUUGGAGCGGUACGGAUCAACCUUUCAAGCUUCCGACGACAAAAGAGGUGGUUAUGUAGACGGUUCAUCCUACCCGCCACUCGUUCUCCUGCGCUCAAAGGAAGGUUUCCAUCCCCGAGGUGUGCCCCCGGAAGAUGUUCCCGAGUGGCUUAAGCAUAGAUCUAAGCCUGGAGCUGGUGUGGCGGAAUGGGAGAGCUUGGUCGGGCGUGGCGGGAUCGAAGUGCUUGAGAUCCCAGGCGAUCAUUUUGCAGCAUUCAAGGAAGAGAAUCUCGCUCAGAUGGCAUUGCAAAUCAGAGCAGGAUGCGACUAUCUGGAGGGGCGGGGGAGGCCAGUUGUAUGA